UUCAGGCGGAUCGAAGUCGGCUCGGCUGUGCAUAUGACGAGUUCGCCAUCUGGAAUUGCCUACAACGAACGAAGUCUGUCCGAUUCAAAUACAUCGUGUAGUUGCGUGGAGCAGCAGAAAAUCGGCUGUUAUCUCAGUUUAUUAAAGAACACAAUAGAUGUAAACAUCCAUCGCAAUACCAUAUUUUGAACAGAUUCUGAUUGAGGGACGCCACGGGCGUGGCUUGCAUAGUGAAAAUUACUCAUCGGAGCCGGUGUAACUGUCAUUCUGUCAAGUGAACUAGUGUAGCGACUUGUAAACAAAAGCUUUCAAACAAUGAGAUUGUGAACUAUGUGUGAAGUGCAUUAAUUCGUAACAAUGAGUGCCAAUAAUGUGAAUAGUGUCCCCACAACUCAACCGACUGCUACAAUUAAAUCUCGACCUAACAUUAUGCCGAGCAGUUAUAUGUAUACUUCAAGUAGUGCUCUUUUGAAUAGGAAUACAGACCAAAAGCCGACUCCACCUCCCACACUACCAAAAUAUACUUCUAGUUUUAAUGCCGGAAGUGGUCUGAAUCGAGACAGGGACAAGGAUAGUAUUGGAGGUUCGUAUCGUCUCUCCAGUCUUGAUCGUUUAGCAAUGAGACAGAAAUUUAUGGACCAACAAAGUCCAACUUCAGGCUCAACACCAAAUGGUACAGCUAAUGGAACCAAUGGCAGUGAAAUCAACUCAAAUUCUGCAAUGCAAAGUAAACGAGAAAUGUUCUUCAACAAUGCUGCAGCAGACACCAAUAAAGAUUCCAAUCGAAUCAGUAGUAAAGUUCCUCCUGUGGAGAAUAAACCUCCAGAACCUCCAAUUAAACCUUCAAGUCCAGAAUCAGCCAAAGAUGAAAAUAGCAAAGAAUCCACUCCAGAAAUAGUUAAAGAAAGGCCCAAACCAAAAGAAUUGGAUGGUUAUGUAGGAUUUGCUAACUUACCAAAUCAGGUUUACCGAAAGGCAGUAAAAAAAGGUUUUGAAUUCACAUUGAUGGUAGUCGGUGAAUCAGGAUUAGGAAAAUCAACAUUGAUAAACUCUAUGUUUUUAACAGAUAUAUACAAUUCAACUGAUUAUCCUGGACCAACUCAAAGGCUCAAAAAAACAGUGGCUGUUGAAACUACAAGAGUUAUGUUGAAGGAAAAUGGUGUUAAUUUGCUACUAACAGUAGUUGACACACCUGGAUUUGGUGAUGCUGUAGAUAAUAGUAAUUGCUGGGUUCCUAUAAUAGAAUAUAUUGAAUCAAAGUACGAGGAUUAUCUGAAUUGUGAGGCAAGAGUGACAAGAAAGCAGAGUCCCGAUAUGAGGAUACACUGCUGUUUAUAUUUCAUUCAACCAUCUGGCCAUGGGCUCAAAUCAUUGGACAUUGAAUUUAUGAAACGAUUAUGUGAUAAAGUUAACAUUAUUCCUAUUAUUGCGAAAGCAGAUACCUUGACCGCUGAAGAAUGUACCUUAUUCAAAAAACAAAUUUUGAAUGAAAUUGCUUUGCACAAAAUUAAAAUAUAUGAAUUUCCUGAUUCACUUGAAGAUGAAGAUGAUCAUAAACUCAACAAAUCUUUAAAAGAUAGGGUUCCUUUUGCUGUCGUUGGUUCCAAUGCAGUAGUUGAAAUCGAUGGCAAGAAACUGAGAGGAAGAAAGUAUCCAUGGGGUAUCGCAGAAGUGGAGAAUCUCGAACAUUGUGAUUUUAUUGCUCUGAGAAAUAUGGUGAUCAGGACACAUUUACAAGACUUGAAAGAUGUUACAAAUAAUGUUCAUUACGAGAAUUAUAGAUGUAGGAAGUUAGCCGGGUUAGGUGUUGAUGGCAAAACCAACAGGAUAUUGAACAAAAACCCACUUGCUCAAAUGGACGAGGAGAAAAGAGAACACGAUCUGAAGAUGAAAAAGAUGGAAGCUGAGAUGGAACAGGUGUUUGAGAUGAAAGUGAGAGAGAAAAAACAGAAACUUAAAGACAGUGAAAUUGAACUAACAAGAAGACAUGAGGCCACCAAGAAGCAGCUAGAUCAGCAAACUAAGGAACUAGAAGAGAAAAGGAGACAAUUCGAGAUGGAAAAAGAAGCAUGGGAGAAGGAUAAUCAAGUGACAAUUGAUGAAUUACGAAGGAGAUCCUUGGAAGGAAGCAGAGAAACUGUUGACGGUAAAAAGAAAAAGAAAGGUCUCUUUUAGUAUCCAUUGAAAAUAUGGGUGCAGAAGAUUCUUGGUGGACUCAGAAGGCUUUUUAGUCAUUCCCUGGUAAAAAGAGUUAAAAUAAUGAAUUAUAGAUCUUGCGGAAUUAGUUACGAUUCCUCUGAACUGCCAAUUUGUGUAACUAGAGAUUUCUAAUUUCUCAAUUUCUAUUUCAAUUGCUGAUAAGUGUUGAGUCAUUUUCUCCAGAGAAUUCGAUUGUUUGUGAGUAAUUCAUGAUGAAGUAUAGAAAAUAUUUAUGAAGAGGAAAAAACUAAUGAAUAUAAAUUAUUGAUUUUUUAAAUAGUCUGAUGUCCUCUGUUCAUGACAUUUUGCUUGAGAGCAACGUGCCAUUUAUUUUUUAUCUAUAUAUCUCGAGUUUUAAUUUUAUAUUAUGUAUGUAAAACUGUGAAAAUAAAAUUUUAAGUAAUA